UACACCUGGUUAUACCUGGUUGGUUUAUAUCACUAAAGGUGUUAGAAAUGUAUAAGCUAUUGUUAUUAGCAUUUUGUGCUUUUGUGUUUUCAGUGACGUAUGGAGCUGCAAAUGAAAAGCGUGUCAUCUGCUACUACGGUUCGUGGGCAACAUACAGGAAUAGUCUGGGAAAAUUCGAUGUAUCAGAUAUAAACGCUGGUCUCUGCACACAUCUUGUGUAUACCUUUUUAGGUAUUAACACCAAGGGGGCCGUUAUUUCCCUAGACCCUUACUUGGAUUAUGCUGACAACUGGGGAAAAGAUAACUUGAGAAAGUUUAAUGCCCUGAAGCAGCAAAACCCAGAAUUGAAAACAUUAAUAGCCGUCGGCGGGUGGAUAGAAGGUUCAGCAAAGUAUUCUCUUAUGACCGCAAAACCUGCUCUCCGAAAAAACUUCAUCGACACAGCCCUUGAAAUGGUCCGUAAAUACAACUUUGAUGGCCUAGACAUUGAUUGGGAGUAUCCCAACCGAUACGAUUCUGUGUAUGGACCAGCAGAUGUCAACAACUUCUCUGUACUCUUGAAAGAACUCCGAGAAGAAUUUGACAAAUACGGGCUAUUGCUGACUGCUGCUGUGUCAUCUGUGAAGAAAGUUGCUUCACAAUCUUAUGAUAUACCGGUUAUAAGUCAAUAUCUGGAUUUUAUAAAUGUAAUGGCAUACGACAUGUAUGUGGCGACGAAUCCGGUCACUGGACAUAAUGCUCCUCUUCACAAGAGUGCACACGAUGAAGAUGUACCAAUAGAAGACUUAUACACUGUUGAUGGGGUUUUAGAGUAUUGGCUUAGUCAAGGUUGUCCUUCAGAGAAGUUGGUGUUGGGUGUCCCACUAUACGGUCAUACGUUCAAACUGACAAAUGCGAAGGACAAUGGUGUUAAGGCUCCAUCAAAUGGACCUGGAAUCGCAGGUCCUUAUACCGCUACGAAUGGCGUAAUUGGAUAUAAUGAGUUGUGCCAGAAAUUUGGAAAAGAAUCAUGGAAUCUACUGUACGACGAUUCAGCCAAAGUACCUUACGCCGUACAAAAUGAUAACUGGGUUUCUUAUGAUGAUGCGGAUUCUCUGACAGAAAAAGUUCAGUAUGCCCUUAAAUAUAACGUCACUGGUGUCAUGGUUUGGAGUAUAGAGACUGAUGACUUCCGUGCAAUAUGCCAAGACGAAGAUUAUCCUUUACUGCGGGCUAUAAAUAAUGCUUUAGGAAGAGAUGUCGUAGCUCCAUCUACUACACCUGCACACCCACAAAUUCCAGCAACAACUGUUUCAACAAUUAUUUGCAAAGAAGAUGGAUUCCAAGCAAAUCCUGAAGACUGCUCAUCAUUCUACUACUGUAUUCGCGAUGCAAAUGGCAACUUAGUGGCAAAACUUCUCCACUGUCCCGCAAACCUUGUAUGGGAUCAGACUAACCAGAUCUGUAACUAUCCGGACCAAGUUAUUUGCUAAAUAUACAUAUAAAAAAUACAUAUACAUAUAUUAUAUAAAUAUACAAACAUAAAGAGAUAGAUAGGUUAUACGCGGACCGCAAAUAGCACGUUAAAACUAUGCUAAUUAACAAACCUGAGCUCAGUCGCUGCGCUGUCAUAGCGCCGUUGACAACGCCGCUGAAAAAUUUUUGUGUGGCAGUUGUAAACAUCGAAUGUGUUUUACGUUCCUAUCUACCUCUUUUUUCUUCUAACACAAUUGCAUAUAUCUUUAUAGGUAUAGUAGCUAUAAAGUUAGCUCUAGGCGUUUUAACU